AGCUACGAUCGCAUACGCAUGCUCGUAUGAAAUUUAGUCCGUAGUAUGCAAUCAACGAUGUCUCGAGUUCUACCGCGCAACGUCGCGCAAAGCACCGCCGGCGAGAUGUUGAGCCGACUGCCCGCCCUCCGAUGAAACUCGUCCGCGUCACAGCGUCCGACCAGCUUGGAAUUGGCUCCCUACGUUACCAUCAGCUUCCAUUGCGAUACAGAAAAAGCGUAUAAGAGCCAAGCAAUUUCCUGAUUUCAACAGAGCAUCCAGAACAACGAUUGAGCUAAACUUGAACUCCAACAACCAUUUCGAGUAAACAAACGAGCGACCUUUGAAACCGAAGAAGACAACGACAAAAUGGCGAUUGUUGAUAUUCCCAAUGAGUAUGGCUACGUCCUGCUCGCAGCCGUAUCCACCUUCUUCGUAGGCACCUGGCACGGCAUGCGCGUCGGCGGUUUCCGCAAGGCAGCCAAGAUCCCCUACCCCUACGAAUACGCUUCCUACGAGCAAGUCCAGACCGCCUCGCCCACUAACGCGAACCUCAUGCUCGCCUUCAACGCGGCCCAACGCGCGCACCAGAACUUUAACGAGAACCACCCUACCGCACUUGCAGCCAUGCUGAUAACCGGAUUGAAGUACCCCACCACGGCUGCUGUGUUGGGCGCGGUGUGGAGUGUGAACAGGGUCGUUUAUGCGAUCGGAUACACCAACAGUGGCAGCGAGGGUGGUAAGGGCAGGUACUAUGGUGCGCUCUGGAUGUUGGCGCAUCACGUGAUGGUCUUGAUGUCUGUCAAGUCGGCAUGGGACUUUAUCAGCGCGUAGAUAUGCGCUAUGGACACUACGAUAGACACCAAAAUUGGGGCUAGGAAGGUAUCGAUCUCGAUAUCUAAAGAACGCGAGAACCGAAUGUCAACAUUCUCCGCACUAUCACCAUUUUCCUACCAAUGUUCGUGAAACCAACUCAUUUAAUGCGUCUAUGUGACUGGUCAUGGCGGAGUUUGAAAGUUCUUUCAUUCUUUCUGUGCCUCGAAGGAACUUCAUCUUUUAUUCGUGUUUCAGAAGACCUAAUUCCAGAGUAUGAUCCCGCAACUAUGUACACAUCGCAGCGCCAACGUAGUCACAAGCCUCAUAUUGAGCGUUACUCCUAUAAAUCAAGUAUACAUUGUAGC